UCCCCUGCUGCCUCUGUUUCCCUGUUGUCCCUGGGUGGUUUGUUGGCCUGGGGAGAGACAGCAGAAAGCUGGCACCAAACACAGGAGCACCUGGCACUGCAUUCUUUGAGUCUACUGAAAGGAGCCAAGCUCCAGCCCACCCUCUCUCUGCAUCACAUUUACAUAACACCUGUCGCCUUUCUUGCUUUGAAUUCAACCUCAUUCUCACUUUUGAUUCUGGCAACCAUGCUAGGAGAUAGACAGUUCAGGCAUGUUUACUGCCAUAGCUAGAAGAGGUAACCAAGGUCCAAUCCAGAUAAGUGACCUGCCUGAGACCACACUCGUGGACUAGCAGCAGCUCAGUGUCCUGGCCCCGAAGCAAGGCUCUAUCCAAGGAACAUACACUCUGGGAAGCUGGGCCAAAGCAAGGUUUUUCAGUUAAUCUAAGAAGGUAAGUCCAAGAAGGCACAGAUUUCCGUCUGCUUUGUUCAUCACUUAAUCUCCAGUUCCUAGGUCAGUGCCUGAUACAUAGUGGGUGCUUGUCAAGUGUUUAUUGAAUGAAUAAAUGAAAGAUUCUUGGGAGACAGUGAGUCUCCUACUCUCUGUUCCCCACUGUGGUGUUGGCCAAGCCCUCUCCUAGAUUCACAGGGGUCUCCCGAGGGCCUGGCCUGAUUCUCCUGAAUUGCUGGGACUCAUUCUGUCUUUUUUUUCUAGGGUCUCCAUUUUAGGGUGUUUUAAGUCCUAAGGCCUAUUAUCAUAGUCAUCAUGGGCUUCUGCCUGGCUCUGGCAUGGACACUCCUGGUUGGGUCGUGGACAUCCGUGGGAACUCAGAACCCCAUUUCCUGGGAGGUGCAGCGAUUUGAUGGGUGGUACAACAACCUCAUGGAUCACAGAUGGGGCAGCAAAGGCUCUCUGCUCCAGUGUCUGAUUCCAGCCAGUUAUGCAGACGGUGUGUACCAGCCCUUGGGAGAACCCCACCUGCCCAACCCCAGAGACCUUAGCAACACUGCCAUGAGGGGCCCUGCAGGGCAGGCCUCCCUGCGAAACCGAACAGUGCUGGGAGUCUUCUUUGGCUACCAUGUGCUCCCGGACCUGGUGAGCGUGGAGACCCCGGGCUGCCCAGCCGAGUUUAUCAACAUCCACAUCCCGCGUGGACCUGUGUUCGACCCUGACCGGCGUGGGAACGUGGUCCUCCCCUUCCAGAGGAGCCCCUGGGACCCCGAGACACAGAGCCCCAGUAAUCCCGGGGACCUGACCAACGAGGUGACGGGCUGGCUGGACGGCAGCGCCAUCUAUGGCUCCUCGCACUGGUGGAGCGACGCGCUGCGGAGCUUCUCCGGCGGGCAGCUGGCGUCGGGGCCCGACCCCGCCUUCCCCCUCAACGCGCAAAGCCCCCCGCUCAUGUGGACGGCGCCCGACUCCGCCACGGGACAGCGCGGGCCUGGGGGGCUGCACGUCGCGUGCAGCUUUGGGGCGGAGCGCGGGAACCGCGACCCCUUCCUGCAGGCACUGGGACUGCUGUGGUGCGGCUACCACAACCUGUGAGCACAGCGGCUGGCCCGCGAGCACCCGCAAUGGGGGGACGAGGAGCUGUUCCAGCACGCGCGCAAGAGGGUCAUCGCCACCUACCAGAACAUCAUUCUGUAUGAGUGGCUGCCCAGCUUCCUGCAGAAAACACCCCCCAAGUAUGCAGGACACAGCCCUUUCCUGGACCCCAGCAUCUCCCCAGAGUUCCUGGCCGCUUCUGAGCAAUUCUUCUCUACCAUGGUGCCUCCUGGCAUCUACAUGAGGAGCCGAAUUCUUCACUCUAUCCAGCUUAUCAUCCACGGCAGCUUCGGCCUGAUCCAGCUGCCCCGUUUCCACAUCUUCUUCCUGGUCCCGGCCCUAAUCUAUGUGGGGGACAAGCUGGUGAGCCUGAGCCGGAAGAAGGUGGAGAUCAGCGUGGUGAAGGCCGAGCUGCUGCCUUCAGGAGUGACCCACCUGCAGUUCCAGCGGCCCCAAGGCUUUGAGUACAAGUCAGGACAGUGGGUGCGGAUCGCCUGCUUGGAUCUGGGGACCACUGAGUACCACCCCUUCACACUGACUUCUGCACCCCACGAGGACACGCUUAGCCUGCACAUCCGGGCAGCAGGGCCCUGGACCACUCGGCUCAGAGAGAUCUACUCACCUCCAACGGGAGAUGGCUGUGCCAGAUACCCGAAGCUGUACCUUGAUGGACCAUUUGGAGAGGGCCACCAGGAAUGGCAUAAGUUUGAGGUGUCAGUGCUGGUGGGAGGGGGUAUUGGGGUCACCCCCUUUGCCUCCAUCCUCAAAGACCUGGUCUUCAAGUCAUCAGUCAGCUGCCAAGUGUUCUGUAAGAAGAUCUACUUCAUCUGGGUGACGAGAACCCAGCGGCAGUUUGAGUGGCUGGCCGACAUCAUCCGAGAGGUGGAGGAGAAUGACUGCCAGGACCUGGUGUCCGUGCACAUCUACAUCACCCAGCUGGCUGAGAAGUUUGACCUCAGGACUACCAUGCUGUACAUCUGUGAGCGGCACUUCCAGAAGGUGCUGAACCGGAGUCUGUUCACGGGCCUGCGCUCCAUCACCCACUUUGGCCGCCCCCCCUUCGAGCCCUUCUUCAAGUCCCUGCAGGAGGUCCACCCGCAGGUCCGGAAGAUUGGGGUGUUUAGCUGUGGCCCCCCUGGCAUGACCAAGAAUGUGGAAAAGGCCUGUCAGCUCAUCAACAAGCAGGACCGGACUCACUUCUCCCACCAUUAUGAGAACUUCUAG